AAAUUAAUGAACUCAAACUAAAAAUACCCAAAGAAAGAAGACACAAAACAUAACACAUGAUAAAGGGACACAACCAGAGAGAGAGAACAAAGAGGUUCCUUUCCAAGUUGCCAUAGCUAGAAACCCGAACACCGUGUGUCGGGUCAUCAAAAAGUGAGUGAAUUGGUUCUUCCUGAUUAUUGGGUUGCAUCUAUUUGGUGAAAGAAGGGAAGAGGUAAAAUGGGUUGGAUUCCAUGUUCUGGAAAUUCAGGCACUAAGAAGAAGAUUGUGAAGAUGGAAGUUCAACACAGUCUCACUCGUCAGAUUAAACCUACCCCAGGGAAAUUGAAGAGGAAUUCAUCAACAAAUUCCAAGGAUACAUCUAAAAAUGGGAAUGCUGAACACAUUGCAGCACAGACUUUCGCAUUCCGCGAGUUGGCAAAUGCAACUAGAAACUUUAGAGCGGAUUGUCUUUUGGGGGAGGGAGGCUUUGGUAGAGUAUACAAAGGACGUCUCGAAAGUAUUAACCAGGUUGUCGCAAUCAAGCAACUUGACCGAAAUGGACUCCAAGGAAAUAGGGAAUUCCUUGUUGAAGUGUUGAUGUUAAGUCUACUUCAUCACCAUAACCUUGUCAACCUUAUUGGUUAUUGUGCUGAUGGAGAUCAAAGGCUUCUAGUUUAUGAAUAUAUGCCAUAUGGAUCCUUAGAAGACCACUUGCAUGAUAUAUCUCCUGGCAAGAAACGACUUGACUGGAACACGCGAAUGAAAAUAGCUGCUGGAGCAGCAAAGGGAUUAGAAUAUCUACACGACCAAGCUAAUCCUCCGGUCAUAUACCGAGAUUUGAAGUGCUCAAACAUUUUGCUUGGUGAAGGGUAUCAUCCAAAGUUAUCUGAUUUUGGUUUGGCCAAACUCGGCCCGGUUGGAGAAAACACUCAUGUAUCAACAAGGGUUAUGGGCACUUAUGGAUAUUGUGCUCCAGAGUACGCCAUGACCGGUCAACUCACUCUCAAAUCAGAUGUUUAUAGUUUUGGUGUAGUUCUUCUCGAAAUAAUUACAGGAAGGAAAGCGAUUGACAAUUCAAAAUCUACAGCAGAACAGAACCUUGUUGCAUGGGCUAGACCCUUGUUCAAAGAUAGAAGGAAAUUUUCGCAAAUGGCCGAUCCUAUGCUUCAAGGUCAGUAUCCUUCAAGAGGACUAUACCAGGCCCUUGCUGUUGCAGCAAUGUGUGUUCAGGAACAAGCGAAUAUGCGUCCGGUUAUAGCUGAUGUUGUCACAGCUUUGUCUUACCUUGCUUCGCAAAGAUACGAUCACAAUAUACAGUCAAACUCUCGCCUAGCUCCUGGUACUCCUCCAAGAACCAGGAGAAGGCAAUGAUAUGGUGGAGCUCAAUGUUUGGUCAGUAUAAGUUAGUCCAGUGAAAAAAUUUCAAAUGUGUUGUUUAAUGGUCUCACAACAUGCUUCAAAAUAUAGGUUUAUAUAGAUGUUAAUAUCUAUGGUUUUUUGUGGUGUUCUUUCGGUUCAAUAGGAUAGUUGUGAAAAAAACCUUGUGGAGUUUUGUUCUACUUUUGGUGCACAAAACUGCUCCUAGUUCUAUUUAGAGCUAAGGUGGUAUUUCCUCUUUUUCUCUAAAUAUUGAUUGAAGAGCAAAUUUUUUUAUUCAUAAUUGAUGUUCUUUGUGUCUUGGCUAUGGCAAUGGUUAUACUAAUAGUACUGUUUUCCCU